GAUAGGACACCCCUCAGAAAAUAUGCAGAUAGAACUUUAGAUGUAAAUUACUGAUUUUCUUCGCAAAGAUGGGUUUAAAAAAGUUUCUUUUUGAAGAUGAAUCUGUGCAGGGCAUCACUGCACCAACUGAUUACCUCUACGUUAAACUCUUGCGCAUGACUUUGCGUAUCAUCGCCACCUGGCCUCAGACAGAACUCGGAGAGAAGGAACCUGUAUACUUGAAUGUUUUUCUAAAGUAUUUUUAUUUAGUGGCCACCAUUGGCUGUCAAAUCGGUUCAUAUUGUUACCUCAGAACGUAUAGUGAUGAACUUACCAUGAUGGAGGCUGGCCAUAAUUAUAUUAUGAUUAUGAUGACAUUCAUCGAUAUAUCAAGAAUUACAUCGCUCACAUUUUCUACGGAAUACAGAAAACUUUGCAAAGAAUUCUUCACGAAAAUGCAUCUCUUUUACUUCAAAGAUAUAUCUGAACAUGCGAUGGCGACUCACAAACGGGUGCACUUGAUAUCUCAUUUGUUUACUUUGUGGUUAUUAUUUCAAAUGCUGUUUGGGGUGCCUCUUUUUAACCUCGUACCAAUGUACUAUAAUUAUGCUGCUGGAAGAUAUAAACCUGGUGGCACACAAAACUCAACUUUUGAACAUUCUAUGUAUUACCAGUAUCCAUUUGAUACGCUCACUGAAAUAAAGGGAUAUAUCGUUGCUAAUAUUAUUAAUUGGAUAUUGUCUUCUCUCUGCGUAAUCUGGUUUUGCAUGUGUGACCUCAUUCUAUUACUGAUGGUGUUCAAUAUUUGGGGACAUUUGAGAAUGCUUACAUACACCCUGAAUAAUUUUCCUAGACCAAGUGUAGAGACUACUAUCACAAUAGAUGGAGGAUUAACAGUAACAAGUGCUAUAUAUUCUGAUGAAGAGAACGUACAAAUAUUUAGAAAGUUAAAAGAAUGUGUUGAUUAUCAUCGACGUAUUGUUGAAUUUAAUAGCAAAGUUUCUGAUGUAUUUGGUCCAAUGUUGAUUAUCUAUUAUUUAUACCAUCAAACAAGCGGCUGUUUAUUGUUACUGGAGUGUUCACAAAUGACUGCACCAGUCCUAAUGCGUUAUUUACCCCUGACGAUAGUGUGCACUCAGCAACUGAUUCAGUUAUCAGUAAUUUUUGAAUUAAUUGGAACUGAGAGCGAAAAGUUACCAAGCGCCGUGUACAGUGUACCAUGGGAAUGUAUGAGCAUAAGUAAUAAAAAAUUUGUGAUAUUCUUCUUAAUGAAUGUUAAAGAGCCAAUAGCUGUGAAACCUCUAGGCAUUGCCAAUGUCGGUGUCACGACUAUGGCUUCGAUUUUGAGAACAUCGUUGUCCUAUUUCACCUUUUUACGCAGCAUUUGAAU